CAGCAGUCUAAUCUCUGUAAUUUGACACUAAAAAUUAUGAUUUCUUCUAAUCAAAUCUUUUUAUACACGGAAUAAAAAUCAUGUGAAAUCAAAUAAAAUAUCACAAAACUCAUCCAAAUAUUAAUAAUAUCAAUGUAAAAAAUUUACAUUAAUAUGUAUAUAAAUUCAGCUCAUCAAAACUCUAGACCGUUCUCCCUUCUGGAUCUCCAAUUUCAACCACCAUCACCAUCCCACUUGGUUUGAUUUGAUUCUCCGAUUACAAUCACCAUUUUCCGAUCAUCAUCACCGACUCUAUACUUUCCUGAUGCCUGGAAUAAACAGAAUAGAAAUCAAGUAAAGUCUCUGAUAUAUCACUCUUGUGGAUACCAAUUACAAAGGGAGUUCAGGAAAAAUACAGAGAAACAGAUAAGGGACAACCAAUUUCAUAGACAAGCUGCAAAUGAGAAGAAGCAGCCUCUAAAUACCAUCUGCACUCUAGUCCUAACCCUUACCAAAAAACGGCAACACUAAGUUAAAUAAAAUGACAAGAAAAACAACAAUAUAUAAAAUAUAAAACUAAUCCUAUGUGGCUCCUACAUGUCUUCCACCUGUCAUUGAUGCUAUUUACCAUAUAUCAAUACCUUCCCUCAUCAAGCAUCCUUGCCCUCGAGGAUAAAAAACCUUCCAACAACAGCUUUCAAUGAAAACCUUGAACCAAUGCUUGGCAGUUGUGUUGUCUUCUUCUUUCCCAUCACCAUGUUCAAGACUACAAGUAAUUCUCAAGGUGUCUCCUAAAUUUGGCAGUUAUGCAUUUCCCUUCUUCCCACCCUUCUGUAAGUAAUUCUCAAGGUGUCUCAAUGAAGACCUUGAACCAAUGCUUGGCAGUUAUGCAUUGCUUUCAAGUGUUUGUUGUUUGUAUUGCUGGAAGACUUGCAAAAGGGUGGGUUGGAGAUUUUACAGGUUGGUACCUACUGCUUCGGAGGUUUCAAGAUUAAAUUUCUCAAGAAGGGCAUGGGAAAAGAUGGACACACUAGAGGACAAAGCUUUCUUCAUAGGUGAUAAAUACCAAUUCUCUUAUCAUUCUACGAACCCUAUAAUUGAAACAAGCAAUGCAUAUUGUUUCUACUUCUUUAGCAAAAACUUUUACUCUUUCAACAUGGAACAUAAGAUAGAUUUCGGUCUCCUUUCCACUGUUCAAUAUAGCAACACCAAAUAU